CAGCCUCCGCAACCCCACGUGUCGGCAUUUGAACGCCAGUAUAAAUGCUCGUGGGGAACAACAAGUUGCAUCAGAUCACCGGUUUUUGCCAGCCCGCUUGUGCCCUCGCUUUCAACCCUGAUACGGUGCGCACUUCCCAACGCCGCACAACUCGAUUCUAGAGCAAAGUCAAACCGCCAACAUGACAACGGCAAUCUUCAGACAUAUUGACCUCACGGAACAAACGGCCAACAAGAAGCAAUGGACCAAAGUCGACGCAGACGUGACGUCCUUCAAGCGCCUGGAGCACAAACGCUCAGUGCACGACAUCCGAGGCCGGGAAUCUGACUUCACGACGGACAACUCGGGUUUCGCCGUCUACACCUCACCUUCUAACGAGAAAUCCUUCACCGAUGAUGCCACCGUCCGCGGGGGCUACUAUGAUGAGGUAGAAGCCCUCUUACGCAAAACCCACCCGGGGAUCAAGAAAGUCGUCAUCUUCGACCAUACGAUCCGCCGGCGUGUCCCUGGCGCAGCUCGUGCCCCGGUCCAGCAGGUGCACGUCGACCAAAGCCCUAAGGCGGAGGAGCUGCUCAAGGGUCGAUUCCAAAUUAUCAAUGUCUGGCGACCCAUCGAAAACCCAGCGAGCGAUUUCCCGCUCGCCGUCAUCGACUGGCGGACUACGGAGCCGGCGGACUUCGUGCCAGUCGACCUUCUCUACCCCAAGCGCGCGGAUUCAGCCAUGGACGGGAAUGCCAAUGACGAUGACGAUAGGGGCAAGGAGAAGGCGCCGGACGAGACGGCUUUGGACUCCACCGAGGGAUAUGAAGUGCGCGGAGAGACGAUGGCAGUGGCGUCGAAUCCGAAGCAUAAGUACUACUAUUUGAAGGACAUGACGCCGGACCAGGCGCUGUUGUUAAAGUGUUAUGAUUCGUUUGGGGAGGGGCAGCCGAUGGGCAGGAAGGGGGUGGCGGUUAGAACGCCGCAUACGGCAUUUGUUGAUCCGCAGACGCCGGCGGAUGCGCCGGGGAGGCAGAGUAUUGAGGUUCGGUGUUUGGUAUUUUACGAGUGAAGGCGUUAGGAUUUACGUCAUGCUAUAUGUCACUGUAUGAGAUACUUAUUAUUUUCGAGAUAAUUGUAUAGAGCCGAACGACGAUACCUGGAGGACUGACUGAAAUCGACGCGCUAGUAUUGGCAUUGAACGCAAUGCCCAAAUAUCUACUGAAGUAAACAUU